UCCUCCUUCCUCCUCCUCGGCCGUCAUGUACCACAGCAGCACGCAGCGGCGGCACUGGACUUUCCGCGGCGAGGAGGAGCUGGCGCGGUGCCGGGCCGAGGCCAACCGCAAGUUCCGCGGAAAAGCGGUGACGAGCGGGAAGGUCCAGCAGACCGACCCUGUCCUUCUGGAGCCCCAGGAGGAGCUGGCGAUAUGCAAGUACUACGAGAAGAGGCUGCUGGAGUUCUGCGCCGUCUUCAAGCCUGCCAUGCCGAGAUCCGUGGUGGGAACAGCUAGCAUGUAUUUCAAGCGCUUUUACCUCAAUAACUCGGUGAUGGAGUAUCAUCCUCGGAUAAUCAUGCUAACAUGUGCGUUUUUGGCCUGUAAAGUAGAUGAAUUUAAUGUGUCCAGCGCACAGUUUGUUGGUAACCUUCGAGAAAGCCCUCUUGGACAGGAGAAAGCCCUUGAACAAAUACUGGAAUAUGAACUACUGCUUAUUCAGCAACUGAACUUCCAUCUUAUUGUCCACAAUCCAUACAGGCCUUUUGAGGGAUUUCUAAUUGAUUUGAAGACUCGCUAUCCAAUGCUGGAGAAUCCUGAAGUUUUGCGGAAAGCAGCCGAUGACUUCCUCAAUCGAGUGGCUCUGACAGAUGCAUACCUGCUCUUUCCUCCCUCUCAGAUAGCUCUCACUGCCAUAUUAUCUAGUGGUUCAAGAGCAGGAAUUAAUAUGGAAAGUUAUUUGUCAGAAAGUCUUAUGCUGAAAGAAAACCGAAUAUCCUUAGCCAAGCUACUAGAUGGCAUGAAAUGCAUGAAAAAUCUCAUAAAGAAAUAUGAACUGCCAAGGCCUGAGGAGGUUGCUGCUCUAAAACAGAAAUUAGAGAAGUGUCACAGCUUGGAGCUUUCACUUAAUACAAACCCGAAGAAGAGGAAAGGUUAUGAAGAUGAUGAGUAUGUCACAAAGAAACCUAAAACGGAUGAGGUCAGUAAACCUAUUGUACAAGUACUUGUCUUUCCACUCUAACUGCCAAGACAAAAGUGACACAGUUACUGAGACAGACUUCUGGGAGUGUUCUUAAAUACCCCAGUCUUUUGUGGGGAGGGGGAAGAACACAGAGGCCAUCCUUCCUGCUCUUUCCUGUGCUUUGAAAGUCUUUUGACAAACCAUAGAACAAUGUCAAGCUGAGUACUUUCAGCAUGUAGCACUCCAUGAUCCCAGUGUGGGGAAAUAGCUGUGAAGUUGAAAUUUGGAAUACUGCAAUGUAAGGAGGUUUUGGAAGGCCAGGAACUGAACACUUGAGGAGAAAUCCAACCUCUACAGGUGGAAACUCGCUCCUCAGGAUGGAAUAAAUGAGUAGAUGCUGAAGUAUACUCAAACAGGCUUUUUUCACGGAAGUUUUAUGUGGUGUUUUUUCUGCUGGCCAGUGUUUCUGAAACUGUUUCCAUUUACUUUAGCUUCUUGCACAAACCAGAAGUCAGCUGCUGAACUAAAUUUCUACGUCAGCCCAUUUGCUAGCAAGGCGUGCAUAAAUUACAGACAGGUAGCUAGUACCUCAGGUUGUAAGACCAAGUAUAUAUAAGGUAGAGAUAGACUGAGGAGGGUGACUCAACAAAUGAAAAUAGAACUAAGGUAAUCCUUCAGACCUAAUCUGAACACCUUUUAGGGCUUCAUUUGUAACGUGACUGGAAGUUGGAGAGAAUACAUUCUGGUGGAAGAAUAGCUUUGUGAAGAACCCUUUUUAACUGGACUCCUUGAUACUGAAGACAUUGUACAUCCUGAUAGUGUACGACACCUGAAGUAUGGUGUUUAGAAAAACUUGCUAACAGCUAGAGUUGUCCAUCAAAAUCUUAACAUAAAAUGCAGGCUGUGUCUUUUUAUAAUUAAAGGAGUCUUGCUAUUAUAAAUUAUCAUGAUGUUAUAAUGUCAAACUAGACCCUAAAUGAUUUGAACAAGAUUAUGGUAAAAUCAUCAUUGAAAGUAUGCUGUAACAAAAUGUGGAACCUCAAGCAUAUUUUAUGGUAACUAUUUAAUGCUGUAAAAACUUUGACUAGUGUUUACUCCA